ACUCCGCAAAGCACUACGGGAACACGUGCGGUCAAAAUGGCGGCGCCCUUCGCUAGAGUUUAUCGGCCGUUAUGGAGAAUAAUAACUACGACUACAUUAAACAAAGGCGCGCGAAAUGUUACGUCUACUAGGCCACAGUGGUCUGCGCAAGAUGUCAAAACUGCUGCUGUCGCUUCUCCGUGGGCGCUGCAUGGAGCCGUUUGUCUGCAGCGGCCGCCUGUGGUUUCUCAAGACAAGAGCCCUAUUGAGGAGGAGUUCAUGGAGCUUAUGCACCAGAUGGAGUUGGAGAGAAGUCUGCUCUCGGAUCAUGAGCUAAAGCUCCUGGAGGAUGCUGCACGGAUGAGCCGAAAACAAGAAGAGGAUUAUGAUUCAGAUGAAGAGGAGGAUUACAGAGACAAAGAAAUUGUCACAGCCCAAGAUCUGGAAGAUAUAUGGGAACAGAAUCUCAAGCAGUUUCAACCAGCUCCAAGGUCACAAGGUGUCGAUGAGAAAGGUGUAAGUUCUUCAGAGCGUUGUUUAGCAGACAGCCUGGUCUUGCUGGUGAAGAAGGAUGUUGGCAGUGAAAAGCUUUGGCUGCUGCCUCAGAUUCAGUGGCAGACGGGAGAGACACUCCGACAGACGGCCGAACGUGCUCUUGCGAGUCUUCCAGAUGCUGACCUGAAGGCUACUUUUCUUGGCAAUGCACCUUGUGGAUUUUACAAAUAUAAAUACCCAAAGGAUAUUCAGAAAGAGGGCAGUGUCGGAGCCAAGGUGUUCUUUUUCAAAGCUGUGCUACUGGGCCAUAAGCACUUACCUCUGGAGAACAAUUCGUUUGCCUGGGUAAAAAAGGAUGAACUCCAGGACUUCCUGAAGCCUGGGUACCUUAAACAAGUCCAACGCUUCAUUAUGGCUUUAUAAUAUAGGAAGACAUGGACAUGAUGGAGAAUAUGAUGGAAAACAGUCCCCAAGUUUAUGCUUUUCUCAUUUUUGGACUAUGAUUCCAUGAGGACCCUAUUCCAUUAGAUGAUGUCAAUAUAAAAAAAAAAGUGAUGUUCAGAUUGUCAUGUAGAUACAAUUUAUUGUCAUCUGCCAUGUGUUUGUAUAUUUAUCCUGCUUGUAAAUGGUAAUCUAUAUGACAAUUAAUGCAAUAUUAAAAAGCCCAGGUUUUGACUUUG